AUGAGCAUUGAACAGGUUGUCCUAUACUGGUAUGUAUGUUUGAACUGGUUUUUAAAUCUCAAAAUAGAUGUUUUGUCUUACAGAGAGGAACUAAAACAGGUCUUGUGCCGCUUCAUCACAGAUACUCUCAAUUACAUCGACACAAUGAGAAAAUUCUGUCAUAUGUUCCCAAAAUGGGAGACAAAGAGAAAGACGGAGUUAGAAAUGAUGAUGGACAUCAAAGGCAGGGCAGACAAAAUUGACCUUGACAUCAGUCAUGUUACUAAGUCGGAGGACAAAGGUGAGGCUUUUGUGGAAUAUCUAAAGAGCAAGGUAACCCUAAAUGAUGACGAAAGGUGUGCAGAGCUAGAGAAGGAGCUGGAUGAAGUGUUGAAGGACACUCUGGGAGGUUUGAAGAAGCUUGACUGUUUCCUGGAUGCAGUGGAGAAGCUGGCGGUCACCUCACUGCAUGUGUUCAUGAAGAAUCAGGUGUUGCACCUGCCCGAAGAGAUCAGCUUUGAAUAUGUUCAGGUCAUCAUCGGUGCUGCACAGCAGAUCUGCCCUCUCCUCCUGGAGUUUAAAAGAGACGCAAACGUCUUCUUCCUUCCCAAACUUCAGAAUGUGGAAGUGCUGGCAAAUCAGCUGGACAGAUACAUACAGAUCACCAAAACCAUGUGUGAAAAGCUGGACAAAAGCUGUUUCAGUGACUUUCGUAUGAAAAAGACCGUAAAAACUGGUGAAACUCCAUGUGGAUUUGACUGAAGAUGACCUACAAAGGAUGCUUGAUAACAUCAAUCAGCUUGAGGAAAUCAGGAUGAACCAGUCCUUCCGGAUGGUGUUCUUGUUCCAGGAAGUGUCCUGUUCAGACUUCAUCAGUCAGUUCGAAGAGCGACAGCCCAGGAUGCUGGAGUUUCUAGACAAGUUGGAGGAGAUUGCUGUUCAGCUGUACAGGAUGAAUAAGGGUGCAAAGAUCUCCAGUGUGGCAAGCAGCUCAGUGGGGGCGAUUGCAAGUACCGUAUUUUCACGACUAUAAGGCGCACAUAAAAGUCUUAGAUUUUCUUCAAAUUGUGCGGCGCGCCCUAUGGUGCAGUGCGUCCUGUGUGUGUUGUUGUUGUUGUAAGGCGGACGUAGACCAGGUGUUUUUUUCCAUGCAUCACCAUCGCUGUUGAUCUGUGACUCUAUGCGUCCCCAUCUCACAGCCGAUGUGAAAAAACAAGUGAAGCAAAUGAACUCUGAGCUUGCUGUCAUUCUGGGAGGCCUGACAAAGGAACUCCAACCGCUGGACAUCGGUGUGAACCGGCCGUUCAAAGUAAGGCUGCGAGCGGCGUGGGAGCGAUGGAUGACCGAUGGAGACCACAGUUUCACUAAGAGUGGAAGGCAGCGCCGGGCGAGUUAUGCCACAAUUUGCGAAUGGAUUGUAGAUGCUUGGGCUAACGUGUCUGCUGGCACUGUUGUUCGAGCUUUCGCAAAAGCCGGCAUCAUUUCCGAGGCGCCGCACGGCACGGAAAGUGACUCUGACAGUGAAGAAAGUGAACCUGGCAUGUUUGAUGGAGGUUUAGCGCAGCUGUUCAAUUCAGAAACAGAGGAUGAGGACUUCCAUGGGUUUGAUUGAUGACGAUUACCGGUAAAAAAAAAUGUGAAUACCAAACUCAGUUUUGCUCCCGCUCUAUUUUUAAAUACGCACACUUGUAUGCUUGUGUGUGUGUUGUUGU